CAUAUUGAAUUCCCGUAGGAAUCUGCUAGCAGUUUUCCGCUAGCGGUGUGAAAAGGGCCACUUUAUCAAUGGUCCCAAUUCGGUUCGGCGUUUAGAAUUUCUCUUUAUUUUUGUAACCCAGUUCAUUAGAAAAUUUACUUCGGUCCGGGCAAUUGCGUAAUUUUAACUGGCACAUUGAUUUGCUUUUGCUUGGAAAGGGCUGCCAAAAGAGAAGUUGAAUGGAUCCGAGGGUAUCUUGGAUUCAGCCCGAACAGAAAGGACCUGCGAACGCCUUAUGGAUGCACGUUUGGGAGACUUCUCAGGGAGUAUCGACACAAUCCGGUCAACAUUACAAUCAGAACCAUAAUCUAUGCGUGAAUUCUCCGGCUUUGGAUGUUUUUAAAAAUGUUGCGACCGUAGCAUCAAGGAAAAGCAUUUGCAGCAGCAGUAACGCUGGUACUAGUUUAAACAGCAGCCAUCAUAGUACUGCGAACGGCAGUAUUACUAACGGCACUGCAUUUUCUCCUCUUGGAAUAUCACUCUCGAACGGAAACGUACCGAACUCUGUGAACCUGUCGAAAGCAGACGGCAACAGAGUCACGGCAGAUUUAGGAGAGGGAAAAAUGCCUCAGAAGACGAGAUCAGUCUCAUCUUCGUCUUCGCUAGAAUCUGGAACGGACAGCCCAUCUUCGAAUUGCUCUUUGGGGAGGACUAGUGGUGGAAAUGUAAUGGGAAACAUGAAUAAAAAUGCUGGAGGUGUCAAUCUGUUCUUUAGCUUUAGUGACAGCAUGCAUAAUAAUGUUAACCACCAGUACCAUAAUCGUCAUCUUCAGGAACAUCCACAGUACAAUUUUCAACAAAAUUGUGUGAAGAGUCACCCAAUUCAGCCAUCUGCACCCCUAAAUUACCACAAUCACCAUCCAAGCCGAAGGAAAAGUGACAAUAAGGCGAGCACCUAUGGGAUGAAUUACCUGCUUUCUAACUGCACUAAUGGCAAUUUUCUGAGCACGGGGACCCCUUGGAAGACGAGGAAAUACAACCCAGGUGUCAAUGGACUCCAUGAGGAGGUGGUGGACUUCUACAACUUCAUGUCUCCUCGUCCGGAGGAGGCGGCCAUGAGGAAGGAGGUGGUGAACAGGAUAGAAGCGGUCAUCAAAGAGCUGUGGCCCUCCGCUGAUGUGCAGAUAUUUGGCAGCUUUAGCACCGGGCUCUACCUCCCGACAAGCGACAUCGACCUGGUGGUGUUUGGGAAGUGGGGCCGCCCCCCGUUGCAGGAGCUCGAGCAGGCCCUCCGCAAACACAAAGUGGCGGAUCCCCUGUCCAUCAAGGUCCUGGACAAGGCUACGGUGCCCAUCAUCAAGCUGACGGAUCAGGAGACUGAGGUGAAGGUGGACAUCAGCUUCAACGUGGAGACGGGCGUCAAGGCCGCUCGCUUCAUCAAAGACUACGUGAAGAGAUACCCCGUUCUGCCCUACCUCAUCUUUGUGUUGAAGCAGUUCCUGCUCCAGAGGGACCUGAACGAGGUGUUCACUGGAGGCAUCAGCUCCUACAGCCUCAUCCUCAUGGUCAUCAGCUUCUUGCAGCUCCAUCCUCGCAUCGACGCCCGGAACCCCAACAUAAACCUGGGCAUCCUGCUGAUCGAGUUCUUGGAGCUGUACGGCCGCCAGUUCAACUACCUGAAGACGGGGAUCCGCAUCCGGAGCGGAGGGGCCUACCUGGCCAAGGAGGAGCUGAUGAAGGCCAUGGCCAACGGGAACCGGCCCUCCAUGCUGUGCAUAGAGGACCCCCUGCUCCCAGGUAACGACGUGGGCCGGAGUUCCUACGGGGCCAUGCAGGUGAAGCAGGUGUUCGACUACGCCUACAUCACCCUGAGCCACGCCGUGUCCCCCCUGGCGCGCUCCUACCCCAACAAGGACGUGGAGAGCACAUUGGGGAGGAUAAUCAAGGUGACACAGGAAGUGAUUGACUACAGGGAGUGGAUCAUCAAGAAGUGGGGGGGCAGGCACCAAGCACGGAUGGAGAGCAGGGGGGCCCUUCCCAAGGAGAGCGUGUGUGAGCGGGAGCCCGGGGCCGUGCCGGGCGGGGAGGAGCAGCACAGGGACUCUGUGUCCCCCCCCAGCGUUGACUCCCCCAUGUCCCUGUCCAGCCCCCAGCAGCACUCCUCAGCCUCCUCCGUCUCCUCCCUGUCUGGCUCCGACAACGACUCUGAUUCGACGCCGUGUCCGCUCCCUCCCCCGGCCCUGUCUCUGUUCCAGUGCCAGGCGCUGGGCAUGGCCCUGCCCCCGGGCCUCACCCUGGCCACAGCCAAGCCUGGCAUGGGCACCCACCACCUCAUCAUACACCCUGGUUCACAGGCGCGUGUGUCCCUGCCCGGUGGCCUGGCCAUGCACCCCCUGCCUGGCAGACAGGUGUGUAUAGACACGGGGCCCCCUCCCUUCUACCUCAUGCCUCCCCCCGCCCCCGCCCCCUCCAGCCCCCAGACUCUGCCCAGCCCCCACCCCAGCCACGCACAAAAGAACGGCCCCAAGUUCCCCAUGAAGAGCUUCCACAACCCAGCCGUGAUCAGCAGCCCUGUCCUGGUGAACCGCGGCCACGCGUACGCUCACACGCAGUACAACCGCAACUCGUGGCGUCGCAGGAAACGAGACAGCCUUCCUGUUAGCCUCAGCAGAUAGACAGACAGCACUCCUCCUCCUCUCCACCCUCGUGGACUGAGAGGUUCCAUUGACGUAACCACGCCCCCUGCUGUUCCUCCUGAACAAGAACGCCCCCGACCAGGGGAGUAAAACCAGACCAGCAGAGAACUCACCACUACGGCCUCGAACCCAUCUGUCUCUCUCUCUGUCUCUCUCUCUCUCAUCCUGCUUUCUUCUCGCUCUCUGCCUCGCCAUCUCUGCAUGUUUUUACAAAGCAACAGGCCUGAACGGCAGUGACUUGUGAACGCAGCUUUUACUUUUUGUGUUUUUUUGCGUUCUGUGUUUUCAUUCACCAUUUGGGGGGGGGGCAUAGUGGUGAUGUAAUUGCCAGGUUGGAGUGGCAAAGUUCAGUGUCUUGUGGGAAUACUAUAUUUCCGCUGUAUUAUGGGGUGGCGUUGUCAGGGUGAUGGCAGCUUGUCCUUGACCCCUGCAGCUAAGCUGCCUGCUUUUCUACUUAGUUGAUCUCCCCCAGUGAACAAACAGUUUCUUAUUUGUGCAAUAAUGUUUUAGUUUUUUUUUCUUCUUCUUUCCUAAAGUUCAUGUUUAUUUAAUUGUAUGUAUGUGUAAAGGAUUUUGUUUUUAAUAUGGUCAUUUUAUUUUUGUAGAGUUUUUAAUUUCUUCAGAGUUUACAGAACCUUUACCCAGGCAGCAUGCCUGUCUGUGUGUGUGUGUGUCUGUGUGAGAUAAGAGCAGAAAGUUGUCUCUACCCCAUAAAACCAUGUCCCUUAAUUACUUUUCUAGCGUCAGCACAGUAGAAGUAGCCCUGGCAGAGGGAAGAGAAAGCCGUUCUGUCACGAGUCAAGGUCUUGUGGCCCGUGGAGCCCUCGAGACACGAUGCAGCCUGGAUGAUGGCAGGCCCGCGUCUGUAGUCCCAUGCCAGGCUCACCAGAGGGCGCUAGCGCUACAGUCGACUGUUGAGCCUACUGUCAGAACCCUACACCGAUUUGUGGUUUUAAUCGUCCGUGUCGACGCACCCGUGUGCGUGUGCCCGUGUCCUCUCAGCGUACUUGUGCGUUGAGUGGGUUGAAUACUCUAGCAUGCUGCUGCUGUUGUUGAGUGUGUGAGAACAGACGGGUCUUAUUUGAGUUUUUCUUUUGUCACAAAAAAAAAAACUACAAACCUCUAUUUUACGGUGUGGUCUAGGGAGGUUUGGAGCGUUGAAUGAAGGGACAGCCAAACAGACCGGAACUCAGACAGCUCCCAGACUAGAGGGGAGGGAAGAAGAGGCAGUCUACUCCCCUUACAUACCCAGUGUGUGUUGGGGGGGUGGGGGGGGGGGGGGGGGUUCUCUUCUAGGAAUCAGUUUGCGGUUUCCUUCUCAGAACUGUGAAUCAGUGCAGACCAACACUAGGUGCUCUCAAGGAGUCCUCCGCCCAUCUGGGGUGGAGGGGGGUGGGGGUGGGGGGGUGCGCUGGCUUCCGGAACCCAACCCUGGAGUUAAGGGAAAGUAGGACUUUUUGAUUCCAUUCCGGAAUGUCGUCUCUCUUUGAUUGCCAGGUACUUCCGCUAAUUGUCACGGUCUUUUUUUUUGUUUGUGUUUUGGCGCAAUGCCUGUCGUGUGUGUUUACGUCAAGCAAGGGAUGGGACGCCAGCACGCGGCCACAGGGCCACCGGGCCACAGGGCCUUGUCCCAGAGCCAUCCAUACAUCCCUCUUAUUACUAUGCAAAUGGGUUCUCCUUUAGUGUGUCGCCUCCCAGCUCCCGUGUCAUUUCCAAUGACAACCACUCGAUGGACCGAACCUAAGGCCAUUGGCUAAUUGGUCAUUGGUAAAACAUCAAACCUCCCUGUCUAUCGUAUGCAAGCCCUCAAUGUGUGUUUAUUUGAAUUUGUUUUCAUCCAAAAGUCAAGUUGCGUGUGUGUGUGUCAUCGGCCCCCUGGUUUGUAGUGAUGUGUCCGUGGUGGGCCCUUCAGUCCUGUUUGGGAGAGAGAAGGGGGGGGGGGGGUGCUGGGACAGCUGGCACCAGGGCUUGAACCCCUGACAGCAAAAAGACGAUGCACGCAGAGAGCGACUGGCACUCUGUUUUGCACUUAGGAGGUGGUGACGGUCUCUUUCCCCUCCUGAACCUUGACCCCUUUCACCCCCAGCGUCGACACUUCGUCUCGAACUCGUCGACAAGUGUUACCGCGGCAACUUUGACCCGACAAAUAGAAAAAGCGGACCUCGGCGGGCAUGGGCUCGACUUUUAACAAGUUGCUUUUUAGAAAGCUGGUCCGAGGUCAUCGGAUCAACUCUGAAGUCUUGCCGUGGUCCAUUAGGGGAGGGGGGGGGGGGGGGUGGGGGUGGUGACUGAACACAAUUGGUGUUGGUGUCAAGGGGGGGUCAUCCUUGUUUUAUACCCUGAACCUGUCUGGCAGGCCACGUCUCGUGGGAGAGUGGCUGCAGUCCCUAACCCUGUGGAAAGGGAAUCCUGGAUGAUAGCAGCAAGAAGAGCUGCAGUUUGUCCCUGAGGGAGGUCUGCAGAGGGGCAGAGCUGCCUGACACUCAACACGGGUUCAGACUGACAUGCAGUACCCACAAGUCUGUAUGGAUUUAACUUUGUUGUGUGUGUGUGUGUGUGUGUGUGUGUGUGUGUGUGUGUGUGUGUGUGUGUGUGUGUGUGUGUGUGUGUGUGUGUGUCGUUCCAAAGCAUCUGUCUGUUCUCCUGUCUCAGAUCUUUGCUCUAAACUGACAAACGUCGACAGGUGAAACCGAGCUUGGCAGCAUCAUGCAGCGUUGUUUUCACCUGUCCACGUGUGUGUGUGGUGUGAUGUAUGGUGAGGAGGGGGAAUGACUUUGGGUCACUGAGACAUUGACUAUUCAACUUGUACAUGUAGAUGCAAUGUAAAACCCCCAUUGCAACCCAAUGAGUGAUUUUAAACUGUAGGCUGCCAUUUUGAGAAGUGGCAGACCCUCUAUGUCCUGGCCAAUUCAUCUGAGCAGUAAUGUCAAAAUGGCCGCUGAGCUAACAGUGGCCAGAGGGACCCACUGCCCGGCUUUUGUUUUGAACAUUUUUAUGUACCGGUAUAUUUUUUUCUAUUUUAUUUUUUAAAUAAACAUCUUAAAACUGCCA